AUUCAAUUUUAAAUUUUAGUCAGAUUUUAAAAAAAUUAAUAUUUAUGUCUUAAUUUCCAAAAUUAUACCACACAAAUAACAUGUAACAAACAAGUUUGAAAAUGAUUGCUUACUACAAGAAUAUUCACAUUAUGGAAAAUUCAUCAUAAUAGAAAUUUAGUUUGGUGAAUUUAUAUCAGUUUAUCGAUAUAAAUUUUAUUGAUGUAAUCUUUUAAAUACAUUUGUAAACACUAUUUACCCAUAAUUCUAAUGUUAGUUUUGACCUUGUGGUUGAUUCUUCUGACAUUUUUUAUGAGGAAAUUUAAAAGAUCUGUUCUACCAGAACUUUUUCUGUAAAGUUUUGCUAAUUGCUAUACAUAAUCUUAGAUGAAUGAAGAGCAUGCUUGAAAUAUAUCAGGACCUAAUUGUCUUUAUUCUCUUUGUAGGAAAAGGUGCAUGGCUAAUUUGGCGUUUGUAGUUAGUAAUGGCUUGAGCUAAACUCCUCUAACUGGAAGGCAUUCCCUACUUCUUCGAAGGAUAGAGUACUGGAGAAAAUAUGGCAAGUGAUUGGAUGUUUGCUUCAAAUGUUUCAGCAAUUCAGCUUUGCAACUACCAACAACAAGCUCUUUUCUUAAUUGCACUAUGAAAAAGUUGCAAAUGGGAUGGACUUACAGAACCAAAAGCCAUUUUCUUCAAAUGAAGAUAACUAAAGGAGUUUGAUCUUCAUUGCUUUCUAAUCACAGUUGAGAUUUUCCCCACGGAAACAGAAUGGCAAGCAAAAGAAAAUCAACAACACCUUGCAUGGUCCUUGCUAGUGAACAGGAUCCAGACCUAGAAUUGAUAUCAGACUUGGAUGAAGGUCCCCCUGUACUUACACCAAUAGAAAAUGCAACAGCAGAAAGUAUCUCAAGUGAUGAAGAUGUUCAAGAGCUUACAGAGUCUGACAAUCAACAAAAUAAAAAAGUUGAAGGUGGCUAUGAAUGUAAAUAUUGUACUUUUCAAACACCAGAUCUUAACAUGUUUACCUUUCAUGUAGAUUCAGAGCAUCCCAAUAUAGUAUUAAAUUCAUCUUAUGUUUGUGUUGAAUGCAAUUUUCUUACCAAAAGAUAUGAUGCGCUUUCUGAGCAUAAUUUAAAAUAUCAUCCAGGAGAAGAGAAUUUUAAGCUGACUAUGGUGAAACGAAAUAAUCAGACAAUCUUUGAGCAAACAAUUAAUGAUCUGACUUUUGAUGGUAGUUUUGUUAAAGAGGAGAAUUCAGAUCAGAUAGAAUCUAUAGAAACUUCCUCAUCAGGGAUUUCUAUCAGCAAAACUCCUAUAAUGAAAAUGAUGAAAAACAAAGUAGAGAAUAAACGGAUUGCAGUUUUCCAUAACUCUGAAGACAUUCCAGAAGAGAAAGAGAAUGAAAUAAAAUCAGGUCAUGAAGAAGCAGUAAAAAAUCCAACUUCAUCAGCAUCUGAGUCUAAUACAAGUACUUCUGUUGUAAAUAGUAUACAUCCAAAUACCACAAACACAGUAGUUACCCCAGCAACAGUUCUUCAACCUGGGCUAGCACAGGUGAUAACAGCAGCUGUAUCAGCUCAGCAGAAUUCUAACUUGAUUCCUAAAGUUUUAAUCCCUCUUAAUAGCAUUCCUACCUAUAAUGCUGCUUUGGAUAACAAUCCUCUUUUGCUCAACACCUACAACAAAUUUCCUUAUCCAACAAUGUCUGAAAUAACAGUUCUAUCUGCUCAAGCAAAAUAUACAGAAGAACAGAUCAAGAUAUGGUUUUCAGCACAACGCCUUAAACAUGGUGUUAGUUGGACUCCAGAAGAAGUAGAAGAGGCAAGGAGAAAACAAUUCAAUGGUACGGUACAUACUGUACCACAAACGAUAACAGUGAUUCCUACACAUAUUUCAGCAGCUAGUAAUGGUUUACCUUCCAUUUUACAGACAUGCCAAAUAGUUGGGCAACCAGGUCUGGUCCUUACACAAGUAGCGGGUACUAACCAAUUGCCAGUAACAACACCUAUAGCUUUGACAGUUGCAGGAGUUUCAAAUCAAACUCAUAUGCAAAAAAGUCAGGUGCACAGUGCUCAGCCUAGUGCAGAAACAAAGCCAGUAGCUGCAACUCCAGCACCAGCCCCAACUCCAGCAUCAGCUCCAGCAUCAGCUCCAGCUCCAGCUCCAGCUCCAGCUCCAGCCCCAGCCCCAGCUUCAGCCCCAACUCCAGCCUCAGCCCCAGCCCCAGCCCCAGUCCCAGCUCCAGCUUCAGCCCCAGCUCCAGCUUCAGCUUCAGCUCCAGCUUCAGCUUCAGCUUCAGCUUUAGCCCCAGCUCCAGCUCCAGCUCCAGCCCCAGCUCCAGCUCCAGCUCCAACUCCAACAACUCAGUUAAUCAAGCAUGAAACUGCAUUGGUGAAUCCUGAUUCAUUUGGUAUCCGGGCAAAAAAGACAAAAGAACAGCUGGCAGAAUUAAAGGUUAGCUACCUUAAAAAUCAGUUUCCUCAUGACUCAGAGGUGAUCAGGCUUAUGAAAAUAACAGGCCUGACUAAAGGUGAGAUCAAAAAGUGGUUUAGUGAUACGAGGUAUAACCAGAGAAAUUCCAAGAGUAAUCAGUGUAUCCAUCUCAACAGUGAAGCUUGUACCCCUAUCAUUAUAGACUCUAGUGAUGAGACUGCAGAAUCUCCAACAGUUGUUGCUCCACAGCCUAAACAGUCAGGCAAUUCUUACCCUGACUUUACUCCACAAAAAUUUAAAGAGAAAACUUCUGAGCAGCUGCGUGUCCUCCAAGCAAGUUUCCUCAAUAAUCCUGUACUUACUGAUGAAGAAUUGAACAGGUUAAGAGCACAAACCAAACUUACCAGAAGAGAAAUUGAUGCCUGGUUUACAGAGAGAAAAAAAUCCAAAGUUUCAAAGGAAGAGAAAACGGAAAUAGAGGAAAGCAAUGCAGGCAGUUCCAAAGAAGAAGCUGGAGAAGAAGCCUCUCCUCAGGAUGAAUCUGCAGCCCCUAAGUCAGUGACCACCACAAACAAAGUAUGUAAAAAAUCACCAGAGCAGUUGCACAUACUUAAAAGUGCAUUUGUUCGAACACAGUGGCCGUCACCAGAAGAAUAUGACAAACUGGCUGAGGAAAGUGGGCUUGCUAGAACAGAUAUUGUUAGUUGGUUUGGAGAUACACGAUAUGCUUGGAAAAAUGGGAAUUUAAAAUGGUACUAUUAUUAUCAGAGUGCCAGUUCAAAUAGUAUGAAUGGACAGGCUUCCUUUAGGAGAAGGGGAAGAGGAAGACCAAAGGGAAGAGGAAGGGGAAGACCUCGUGGGCGGCCUAGAGGAAGCAAAAGGAUAAACAACUGGGAUCGAGGACCAUCACUCAUAAAAUUUAAAACUGGAACUGCAAUACUUAAGGAUUAUUAUGUGAAGCACAAAUUUCUUAAUGAGCAAGACCUUGAUGAACUUGUUGCCAAAUCACACAUGGGUUAUGAGCAGGUCAGAGAGUGGUUUGCAGAAAGACAAAGGAGAUCUGAGUUAGGAAUAGAGCUGUUUGAGGAGAAUGAAGAAGAUGAUGAGAUAAUAGAUGAUCAGGAAGAAGAUGAUGAAGAAACAGAUGAUAGUGAUACCUGGGAACCCCCUCGGCAUGUUAAGCGGAAACUCUCUAAAUCAGAUGAUUAAAAUGUAAGUUUUUAAAUACCUGUAUAUGUAAAUUUUUAACUAUAUACAUUUGGAGAUAUCUUGUUGUUUAAAUGACUUUCAGAUGCAAUAGCUUCUAGACUUUUCCUUCAUCUAAUGAAGGGAUCAGAUUUUAUUAGCAUGGCCAAAAAUAAUUUGUUUCCAAAUUAACUAAAAAGAAUAUGUUUACUUUCAUAUCAAGAUUGAACAUUUUCUAUUCCAUCCACAAUUAAUGGUCCCAAGAGUCAUUCAGCAGUAUAUAAGGUUUAAAAUAAUUAUCCCUUUUCCCACCAAAUAUUAAUAUGUAAUUGUAUUUUUGCCCACUCCUUUGGGGAAAGGGACUAAAAAUGACUAAAAUGUGUUGUUUUGGGUUUUUGUUUUUUUUUUUUUUGGAAUCCACACUUCACUAAAGCUUCAUUUUUUGCCUAUUUAAUGAAAGAAUUCAAAAAUGAAAACUAAAAAGAAGGGGAAAAGUAUAUCCGAAGGAAAGAAUAACUACAGGGGUGAGGAUUGCUCAGUUUUAGGAAACUAGGUGAAAAUUUUUGUUCUCUUAUUUCAGAACCUUAUUGAACUCUGUUGUUUCUACCCUCACUAAACUUAUUAGCCUUUAGUUAAGAUUUUAUUAAAAUGCUCCAUGUAGUAAGAGUAGUCAUCUGUUCAAUUAAAAGCCAAAAAACCUAUUCUAUUUCAUAUCAGAAUUCAUGUUUAAUUAGGCAGUUUUUUUUUUGUUUUUUUUU